GGCAUAUAUUAAACUUAAUCUAAAAAAAUCUGGCAUAAAAGUAUGAUUCCGUUUUAGAAGGUCCGACAACCAUCUUUGUGUACUUUUUAGAUUUAGUUGAUCGGGGCCUAUUUAGAAAAUAAGCCUUCACCAUGGAUUUUGUGGAGAAAGAGGCUGUGGAGUCAGACAUUUCGUCAGAGGAGGAACUAUCAGAUGGAGAGUUGAGACCAGUGAAGAAAAAGAAAAAAGAGAAAGAGAAAAAGAAAAGAGCUAUUCAAAUUUCUGAUGAUGAAGAGGAAGAAGAAGAAGAAGAUGAAGCAGCAAUAGCUGAAGAAAUGAAAGACUUUAUUAAUGAAGAUGUUGAAGAAGAAGAGGAAGCUGCGGAAGGAAGUGACACUGAUGAGAAGAAAAGAAAAAAUGAUUCUGAUGAAGAUGAAGAUGAUGAUCAGCUAGAUGAUGAUGACUAUGACCUUAUUGAUGACAACUUGGGAAUAAAAGUCAACAGGAAGAGAAAAAGAAAGAGAAUUAAAAUGAUGUCUGAUGAUGAAGACAGUGGAAAAGAAGAGGAAGGUCAAGCAGAUGAUGGCAAGCAUGCAAUUGAAGAACAGCUUUUUGAUGAAGAUGAGGAAGAAAACGGAGAACGCCCUCCAGAGUCAGUUAGGGCUGUAGAAGACACUGCAAACAUACAGGAGUUUGAUUCAGAAGAAGAAUCUGAUGUGGAUGAUUUUAUUGUGGAUGAAGAAGGAAAUUCCAUAAGCAAAGGAAAAAAGAAAAAGAAACAUAAAAUACACAGUGAUGCAGCACUGCAAGAAGCUCAAGAAAUCUUUGGUGUUGACUUUGAUUUUGCUGAUUUUGAUAAAUAUGAUGACGAAGAAGAAGAAUUUGAUGAGGAAGAUGAAUAUGAAGAAGAUGAGGAAGGGGAAGACGGGGAGCCAAGAAAAAAGAAAGGUGGACGUAAAAAAGCUGCCAAGAAAAGCAUAUUUGAUGUGUUUGAACCUAGUGAAUUAGAAAGAGGUCAUUUCACAGAUGCAGAUAAUGCUAUCAGACUUGCAGACUUUCCUGAGAGAUUUCAGCUUCGUCGCAUCCCAGUAAAGGAAGCAGAUGAUGCUGAGCUUGAGGAAGAGGCAGAAUGGAUACACAAACAAGCAUUUGCCACUCCAUGUAUCUCACAGCAGACAUACUUAGAUAUUGAUCACAUGGGAGCAACCAACACAUCAAGCCGCAGAACACCUAAUGCAAUGACAAGCAAAAUAAAGCAAGCUGUUGGAUUUAUGAGAAAUCAUAGAAUGGAGGUUCCAUUUAUUGCAUUCUAUCGCAAGGAAUAUGUUGAGCCAGAGCUGAAUAUUAAUGAUCUGUGGAAAGUUUACCACUGGGAUGAAAAGUGGAUGCAACUGUGCACACGUCGCACUAACUUAACAAGGUUGUUUGAAAAAAUGAAAGACUAUCUUUAUGAGCAGUACUCUGAUCCAGACAAGCCUACUGUAUUGUUCAGGCCUAUCACAGAGACAGAGAUAGAGAGGGUGAAGAAUGUCCAAACACCUGAGGAGCUGCGUGAUGUGUACCAAAAUUUUCUCUUGUACUAUGGGCAUGAAAUACCCAACAUGAGGAACAAUGAGCAAAAUAGACCCAGAGAAGAAGGGGAGGCAGAGGCUGAUCCAAAGCCUAAAGGAAGCACAAUGAAACAAGCUCAACGUCAAAGUGGCUAUUCCAUUUGCCUUGCAGCCAAACUUGACGAAAUAACACGCCAGUUUGGUCUUAAGCCUCAUGAGUUUGGAGAGAAUAUAAGAGAUAAUUACCAGCGUCAUGAUGUCAGCCAGUGUCCUUUAGAGCCAUUAGAGCUGGCUAAAGAUUAUGUAUGCCCCCAAUUCCCAACUCCAGAAGAUGUUUUGAAAGGCUGUCAGCACAUGGUGGCAAUGCAAUUGUCCCAUGAUCCUCUUGUCAGGGCUAGUGUCAGAACAGCUUUCCAAGAGAGGGCUAAGCUGAGAGUUAAUCCUACCAAAAAAGGCAUGAAGCUGAUUGAUGAAAGCCACAACUGCUACACUUUCAAGUACCUGAGAGGUAAACCAGUCAAAGAUCUAAAGGAUGACCAGUAUCUUAAACUCUUAAUGGCUGAAGAAGAAGGUCUGUUGACCAUAUCCAUCAAGAUGGAUGAAGAAGAUGAACAAAGCACAAGCAGCACCAGCUAUUUUGAAGAGAUCAAACAACUUUUCUAUAGAGAUGAGUUCAGCCAUCUUGUCCAGCAGUGGAACAUACAAAGAAGUGAAGCCUUGAAGCGUGCACUCUACCAGAUACUCUACCCUCAAAUGGAGAAAGAAUUAAGAGCUAAAUUGUCAAGUGAAGCAAGGGAAGGCGUGCUGCGGGCUUGUGCAAGGAAAUUGUACAACUGGCUGAAAGUGGCCCCAUAUCAGAUGGAUCAGCAGCUUGAAGAUGAAUUUGAUGAAUCAAACAAUGAGGAUGGACUGAAAGUUUUAGGCAUAGCUUUCUCAACUAGCCAGGAUACACCUGCCUUUGGUGCACUGAUUGAUGGUGAUGCAUCUGUAAUGGAAUACAUCAGGUUGGAGAAUCUCACAAAACGUAAAAAUGCAUGGAGAGAAUUGGAUAAAAAGGGAAAGGCAAAAGAUAUGGAGAAAUUAAAAGAAUUCAUUGCUGAAAAGAAACCCCAUGUUAUAGCUGUUACAUCGGAGUCACGUCAAGCUUUGAUGAUUAUUGACGACAUAAAAGGCAUUAUCAGUGAGUUGGAGAUGGAGCAACAGAUGCCAGCCAUCAAUGUGGAGUUGAUUGACAAUGAAUUGGCCAUGAUUUUUGAGAAUACUAAGAGGGCUGAGAAUGAGUUUCGAGACUAUCCUGCCCCUCUAAGGCAUGCCAUCUCAAUUGCUCGAAGACUGCAGGAUCCACUCUUGGAAUUUGCUCAGUUGUGUAAUCCUGAUGAAGAUAUCCUCUGUCUCAAAUAUCAUUCACUCCAGGAUAGCGUGCCUAAAGAAGAAUUGCUUGAAGCCCUUUAUCUAGAAUUUGUCAACAGAGUAAAUGAAGUGGGGGUGGAUAUCAAUCAGGUCUUGAAUUUCCCUUACACAGCCCCACUGCUACAAUUUGUGUGUGGCUUGGGUCCAAGGAAAGCUUCACAAAUAAUCAAAACACUGAAACAGAAUAACAGCAGACUAGAGAACAGAACACAGCUGGUGUCCAUCUGUGAUAUGGGGCCUAAAGUUUUUAUCAACUGUGCUGGUUUUAUCAUGAUAGACACAAACCAGCUUGGAGACACAUCUGAUGUUUACGUUGAUGUUCUGGAUGGGUCUCGGGUUCAUCCAGAGGCUUAUGAAUGGGCACGUAAAAUGGCUGUGGAUGCUCUGGAGUACGAUGACACUGCGGAAGAUGCCAACCCAGCCUCUGCUUUAGAGGAAAUUCUUGAGAGCCCAGAGAGGCUGAAGGACUUGGAUUUGGAUGCCUUUGCUGAAGAGUUGGAACGGCAAGGCUAUGGAGACAAGCACAUAACUUUGUAUGAUAUCCGAGCUGAGUUAAAUCAGAGGUAUAAAGAUCUGAGAACUCCAUAUAGAUCUCCAUCAUUAGAAGAAAGAUUCAACAUGUUAACUAAAGAGACACCAGAAACAUUUUAUGUUGGUAAACUGGUGCAGGUUCAAGUGACAGGUAUUGCACACAAACGUCCCCAGGGUGAGCAGCUAGAUCAAGCCAACCCAGUGCGAGAUGAUGAGACUGGCUUGUGGCAGUGCCCAUUCUGUCACUCAACUCAGUUCCCAGAGCUCAGUGAUGUCUGGAGCCAUUUUGAUGGUGGCAACUGUCCUGGCGCCGCGGUUGGUGUCAAGUGUCGUCUGGACAGUGGUGUGACAGGCUUCAUCCAUACCAAAAACAUCAGUGACAACAUGGUGCGGGACCCAGAAGAGAGGGUACAGAUUGGGAUGACAAUUCACUGUCGUAUCACCAAGAUUGACAUAGAAAGGUUCCAGGUUGAGCUCACCAGCAAAUCUUCUGAUCUGGCAGACAAAGAUGGCAUGUGGAGACCUCAGAAAGACGUCUAUUACGAUUAUGAUGCAGAAAAAGCAGAAAUUGACAAGGAAAAUGAAAAAAAGAAAUUACAAGCCAGACAAACAUACAUCAAGCGUGUCAUUGCCCACCCCUAUUUUCACAAUGUUGGUUAUAAGGAAUGUGAAAAAUUGUUGACUAACAUGGAUCAGGGUGAUGUGAUCAUUCGUCCAAGUAGCAAGGGUUCUGACCAUCUGACAGCAACAUGGAAAGUGGCUGAUGGAAUUCUUCAGCAUAUUGAUAUCAGAGAGGAAGGCAAAGAGAAUGCCUUUAGUCUUGGAAAGUCAUUGUGGAUAGCAGGGGAGGAGUUUGAAGAUCUGGAUGAAAUUAUUGCCCGAUACAUUCAGCCCAUAGCAGCAACUGUUCGGGACAUCUUAAGUUUUAAGUAUUACAGAGAUUCUGAUGGAGGGAAAAGGGAAAUUUUGGACAAGUUGUUAACAGAGGAGAAGAAAAAAGCUGCAUUUAAAAUCCCCUACCUUAUGAGUGCCUCGCGUCAGUAUCCAGGGAAAUUCCUUCUUUCUUACAUGCCACGUAAUGUUGCCAGACACGAGUACGUGACCGUUGCUCCUGAGGGGAUCCGUUAUAGGCACCAGAAUUUCAAAUCGGUCAAUUCUUUGAUCAGAUGGUUCAAAGAGCAUUUUAGGGAUCCAAUUCCAGGAACACCUUCCAGUCGCACCCCAGCCCUGUCAGCCUAUACAACUCCUGCUGCACAUCAGACUCCAGGAAGGACACCUGUAGGCCGCACUCCAGUUGGUAUGUCUAAUGGGAUGUAUGGUCAUCACAUGGCAACGCCACAUGGAACCACCCCACGUGCUGCUCCAACAGCCACACCACACGGAACUACCCCACGAGCUGCCCCCACAACUACACCACAAAGACCGUAUGGAAGCUAUGGUUCUUUUCAGCCUGGUGUUACUCCAGUGAUGACCCCUAUGUUGACACCAUCAUCAUCUUUUCAACAUGGCGGCCACAUGACAACUCCUAGGACAGGCCCUCAUGUCAACAACACACCUUCAUAUCAACCAACACCUCGACCAAUGGUCGGCCCUGGGGCACCCUGGCCUGGUGCCACACCCAGAACCCCAGCAGCACGUACCCCAAGACAUGACAAAAACCAGGCAUCAUCUGCUGCAGACAUGGAUUGGGCACGAGCCGCGGAGAUGUGGGCCAACCGUAAGAAGACCACCAAAUCUCCCAGAGCCUCACCACGACCUUCACCCCGCACAGCUCCUAGUCCAGCUCGCAAAGGUUUUGAGUCUCCAUUUGGGGGCAGCAGCUUGGGUGGGGCAUCCCCACAGGGUGAUGGCACACCCUUAGUAGAUGAGAGGUAGCAGGCUUACAUCAUCACUUUUUAUAUUGUAAAAAUAUGUUUGACUAAUUUAUGUUAUAAAAUCUAAUUAACUUUUGCUUCAAGUGGUAGGGGAUAUGAAAUGCAAUUUAAGCAUAUAAUUGCAUAUUGAUGGGGUAAGAAAAUAUUACAACUUCCAUAAACUAAUCUUUUGUGAUGCGCACAAUGUGAUUUAUUGGAUGUUGCUUAGAUGCUAUUUAAAAAAAAUCUCCGAUUUAAGAAAUGUUUUGAUGCAUUAAACCAAGAGAUUAACAUGGGUAUAAUGUUAGUACUAGCAAUAGUAAACAUGUAACAAAUAUAGCUGAAUUUGAAUUUCUAAAUUCCACAUUUUUCACCUGUCCAGGUGAUUCCCUUCAUUAUAUUUGUGUUGUAAUCAUGGUUGCUGUUCUCAUGUUGUACAGUCAUGGUUCUUUGUAAAUACGAAAGAAAAUAAACUUUUUCAUCCUUCA